AGGUGUAAAGUUUCAGUUUAUCUUGUUUAGACCCACAUUUUGUUCUGUUAACUUUGAAUCGUAACGUUUUCGAUCUCUCUAUCAUGUGUUCUUUGUAUAUAAAUCUUAAGCUUUAGAUUUUACUCAUUACUUUUAGUUUUAGAUUUUAAAGUUUUACGUUUAUAAUUUGUUCUUGAUUUUAAGUCCUAUGGUUUAGAUUUUACUCAUUACUAAAGCUUAGAUUGUAAAGUUUUUGUGUUUAUCUUGUUUUUCUUUUUUUUCGAACAAGUUUUUUUUUUUAAGUGCUUUAGUUUGAGAUAGCAUCUUGUACGUAUUUUUAAUCUCGUAUGGGUCCGAGAUGUUUGAGGGCUGACGCUGCAAGUCCAAGCGGAUUACAACUAUUACCACCACCACCUAACCUGCCCCAUUCACAUAUAUUGCUUCUUACUUUCCCUUUCCACCAUCUCUGUUCUCUUUAGCCUCUCUCAAAAAACAGACAGAAAAAGUGGACAAUGCAAGAACUUCCGGAUUGCUUGUACGAGGGAAAGCAACCAACCCUAAUCACUCCUUCGUCCCCCACACCAAAUCACUCUCUCUACCUUUCCAACCUCGACGACCAUCAUUUUCUCAGAUUCUCUAUCAAGUACCUCUACCUUUUCCAAAAAUCUCCUUCCUCUCAAACCCUCAAAGAUUCUCUGUCUAUGAUUUUAGUUGAUUACUACCCCCUCGCUGGUCGGAUCAAAGUCUCUGAUAACAGUACCAAGCUCGAGGUUGACUGUAAUGGGGAAGGAGCAGUUUUCGCGGAAGCCUUCAUGGAUAUAACUUGUCAAGAGUUUCUUGAACUUUCACCCAAGCCAAACAAGUCUUGGAGGAAGCUCUUGUUUAAGGUUCAAGCUCCUAGUUUCUUGGACACACCUCCUCUUGUCAUACAGGUGACGCAUCUCCGUUGCGGGGGUAUGAUCCUCUGCACCGCCAUCAAUCAUUGCCUUUGUGACGGCAUCGGCACAUCGCAGUUCCUACAUGCAUGGGCCCAUGCAAAUACCACCAAAGCUCCUCUUCUCAUCCAACCGUCCCACUCUCGACACAUGUUAGACCCACGAGAUCCACCGCGUGUCACACACUCACAUCCCGGUUUCACCCGAACCACCGUAGAGAAAAACUCCCCCACCUUCAACAUCUGCAAGCAUUUACAGUCCCAACCACUGGCUCCCAUCACCCUAACCUUCACACCAUCCCUAAUCCUAAGCCUAAAGAAAACAUGCGCUCCCUCGCUAAAAUGCACCACGUUCGAGGCACUAGCUGCUCACACAUGGUGCUCUUGGGCUCGAUCUCUUGACUUGCCGUUGACCAUGCAGGUCAAACUUUUAUUCUCAGUCAACAUGAGGAAAAAGCUGACUCCAGAACUUCCACAAGGCUAUUAUGGUAACGGGUUCUUGCUAGCUUGCGCAGAGAGCAAGGUUCAAGACCUAGUGAACGGUAAUAUUUACCACGCGGUAAAAUUAGUACAAGACGCGAAAGCGAGAAUCACCGACGCAUAUGUAAGGUCAACGAUAGAUUUACUGGAGGAUAAAACAGUAAAAACGGACGUCUCAUGCAGUUUGGUUAUCUCUCAAUGGGCGAAACUGGGUUUAGAGGAGUUGGACUUUGGAGGAGGAAAGCCAAUGUAUAUGGGUUCUUUGACGAGUGACAUCUACUGUUUAUUUUUACCGGUGGCCGGAAACUGUGAUGCCAUUAGGGUUCAGGUGUCGUUGCCGGAGGAUGUUGUGAAGAGGCUAGAGUAUUACAUGGUUAAGUUUUUAGAUGCAAAAGAAAAGGAAGAAGAUCAUUCUCUUGCAGAAUAAAGUUUUACAUGAGAAAUAAUAAUUCAGUGAUCCAUCUCCUAUAAAGUAAGUCGUGGGAAAGAAAAGGUCGUACGUUCACGUGUAUGUUUCCAAGUGAUCUAAGUUUUUCUUUGUUCACUGGAAUAAUUACUCUACAUAACAUCUUGUUUGUAGAAGAUGAAACUAUAUUGGUUAAAGAGUCUCAAUCUUAACUAAUAAAAUUGAGUUUUUUUUCUCUGGGGGAGGGGGAGAAAUGCCAUGUGGCAUUCUCUUUUUAAUAAUUAAAUUUUUUUUCUCAACUUUAUUUAAUGUGUUUUGGUAUUAAUUGUUACUAGGUGUUAGUUUAUUUUUGUUGUUAGUUUAU